AUGCUCGAAAAGACUGUAAAGCUGGCAUCGGCGUCGGCUGAAGCCAUCGGCACAGCAGGACGACUUUAUGUCUUCAAAUCGCUGAUUCAAGAGAGACCGCACCUCGGUCGCGUUUGGUUGACAACGUCGGGACAAGAGAAAUUCAUCCUGAAGGACGUUCCCCCAGCCAUGUUCUCUCACUUCCACGAAAGCAUCUGGCCCCAACUCCGCGGCUGUCAAAAUAUACGUUUGCCGGUUGAUACCAUCCAGGACCAGCGUGUCUUUGUGUACAAGUAUUUGGACGACGACUUUCUCGACCUCGUCAAGAAGCGAAUACCAAUCAAGGCAAGGAAGGAGAUCCUCAAAGCCAGUCUGCAGGGGAUUGUUGAGCUGCAUGAACGCGAUGUCGUGCAUUUGGACAUUAAACCCGACAACAUCAUGGUCGACUACUACCACCAUCACCACGAGGACGAAAACGGAGGAGAUAUGACAAUCAAGCACGUCCAGCUCAUCGAUCUCGAAAACGCGGCUCAUCUCCCCAAAGGCCGAUGCAUCAAAGGCAUGCCAGCCGGAAACGACAACUGGCGCAGCCCGGAGGGCCAUUUCAGGGGUGAACUCAACAAGCCGACCGACAUUUUUAGUUUUGGAGCCGUGUGCAUCUACGCCAUGCUCGGCCGCGUCGUUUUCGGGAGUGACGAGGACUUCCGCAAAUUCGAGGCACUCGGCGUAUUCCCCCACGUCAUCCGCCUCCAGCGCCAGGUCUCGUAUUUCGGAACCCGAGAAGGAUUGAAGGGACUGAUGACACACGUCGGCGACCAGGAAUUCAAUUGUCAGGUCUUGAGGUGGCUUUGGGACGAUCGCGCAGCCGAAUACCACCCGUACAGGCCGUUUUCGACGUGGUCGGAGCUAGAUCUUUCGACGAACGCGGACACUGACACGGACAUUGACACGGCGGCGUUCACAGAUCUCGUUCAGCGAAUGAUGGAUCUCGACCCGGCGAGGCGGAUCACGGCGCGUCAGGCCCUGGAACAUCCCUGGUUCAAGGAUAUAGAGACGGUUUAG